CCGAUUUUCCAAGGUCUGCCUAUCACAAGACUCUUGAAGCCACAGUUCUGCAUUUGAACCCGAAGACUACAUCCAUUCAAAACAAUGCCACGCACACCAUCUCAGGUGUGGAUACAUUUCAUCUCAGCCAAUCUGGAAGGAAAGGCUGUGUACAGUUGCAAAUACUGUGCAAAGACCUAUGUUAAGAAUGCCACAAAGAUGCAGCAGCAUAUAGCCAAGUGCCCAAAGUUUUCCCAGAGCUCGAAACAAGCAACCCCAGACAAGAGUUCAUCUGCUUCCAUCCGAUGUGAAAAUGAUUCCGAUUCAGACACCCUCUCGUCAGCUCCCGGCCACUCUGGAAUCGGAGGGUUGUUGGACUCAAUGGAUGAACGUAGCCAGAGAAAUGCUGAUGAAUGUUUUGCUCGAGCAGUGUAUGCAACUGGCUCACCUCUGAUGCUCACAGCCAAUGUCUAUUGGAUGAGAUUCCUGAGUGUCCUUCGCCCCGCGUACACACCUCCCACCAGUCAUGCUUUGUCUACUCAUUUGCUGGAUAGAGAGUUCAACAGAGUGCAAGCAAAGGUCAAGCAAACCGUUGACAAAGCAGACUGCAUUUCCAUCAUCUCUGAUGGGUGGUCAAAUGUCCGGGGACAAGGAAUUAUCAACUACAUUGUCACCAGCCCUCAAUUAAUAUUCUAUAAGAGCACAGACACAAAGGACAACAGACACACAGGCUCCUACAUUGCUGAUGAGCUGAAAGCAGUCAUCAGUGAUCUUGGACCUGAGAAGGUUUGUGCACUUGUGACUGACAAUGCUGCAAACAUGAAAGUUGCUUGGGCACACGUGAAGGAGACCUACCCUCACAUAACAACAAUUGGCUGUGCUGCCCAUGCUCUUAAUCGUCUCCUUGAGGACAUCAUGGCACUGAAUACAAUGAACACACUGUACAAGACAGCGAAGCAAGUCGUGAACUAUGUGAAGGGCAAACAGGUAGCUUCAGCAAUCUACCUCUCUAAGCAAAAAGGAAAAAACAGGAACGCCACACUGAAGCUCCCCAGCGUCACUCGAUGGGGUGGGGUUGUCGUCAUGUACGACAGUCUGCUAGAGGGGAAGGAGUCUUUGCAAGAGAUGGCCAUAUCCCAGACUGCAGCCAUUGAAAGUGCCAUCAAGAGAAUCCUGUUAGAUGAUAUGUUCUGGGAAAGAGUGACUGGCAGCCAGAGAAUCCUCAAACCAAUAGCAGCAGCUAUUGCCAAGAUAGAAGGGGAUACUGCCAUCUUGUCAGAUGUUAAAUAUCUGUUUGCUGAGCUCAGAGAGGAAAUACAAACCGUCCUGACCGCCUCCCUGCUGCUGCAAGCAGAGGAGACUGCAGUGGUCAAGUCCCUGGAGAAGCACCAAGAGUUCUGCAUGAAACCAAUACACGCAGCAGCAUACAUGCUGGACCCAAAGUAUGAGAAAAGCAUACUCUCUGCUGAAGAGAUCCGCAGUGCUUACGCUGUUAUUACUGCCAUGUCUCACCGUCUUGGGCUUGAUGAAGGCAAGGUUCUCGGCAGUCUAGCAAAGUACCGUACCAAGCAAGGCCUUUGGGAAUGGGAUGGGAUAUGGCAAUCGUGCCAGCACAUAUCUGCAUGUACCUGGUGGAAAGGACUUUGUGGAUCUGAGGCACUUGCGCCUGUAGCGUCUAUCAUCCUUCAAAUCCCACCAACAUCAGCCGCCUCCGAGCGCAACUGCUCACUGUUUGGGAACACACACGCAAAGGUUCGCAACAGGCUCACGAAUGCAAGGGAGGAGAAGCUGGUGGCCACCAGGGCAAACCUACGGCUCUUUGAGCCUGACACAGAGCCAUCCUGGACAAGGCUGGACUGUGACACCGAAGAUGAAGGCGAGUCAGAUGUCGAGGAAGCAGACAUGGAGGAUGUUGACGAGGUCCAGGAACAAGCCAACGAGACCUGAAUAGAUUAAGAGGAAAAAUGCAGAGACUUAAGAAGCAUAGGAGAAAAUACUUUCACUUUCAUUUUGAAUGGGACUUUUUUUGGAAGGGGAAGGCUUUCGUUUUAAAGCAAACAUAAGGAAAUACGGGGUUUUUUGUUCAUUCAACAUUGUGU